GCAAGUAUAGAUGUUGGUAAUGGAAGACAAGCAACCCUUACCAGACCGGGGUCCUUCCUCAUUACCCCUGAGCUUGAUUUCUCCCUGGUCUCCGUACACACUCUCGCUCGCCUGGGUGUUGGCUACAAUAAAUUUAAGCCCACCUCCAACCUUAUUGGCUAUAUUGUUAGUCCCUCCGGCCGAGACGUCCUCGCGCGGAGUGCUCGAGUGGGACUGGUCAUCGGACGGGUGUACCGCCGUGCCGGACAGCCCUUGGGGCUUCCCGUUUAA